AUGUAUGAAAUGGAAACCAAAAGAGAUAUGGAAAAAUCCUCCAACAGCAAAAACGAAUUACCAGAAAGAGCGAAGUGGAAAAACAAAACUGAAUUUUUAUUGUCAUGCUUGGGUUAUUCCAUUGGAAUUGGAAGUGUAUGGAGAUUCCCUUAUGUGUGCUAUAGUAACGGCGGAGGGGCGUUCCUAAUACCAUACUUAUUAAUGCUAUUUUUUUGUGGUAUACCGUUGUUUUUUAUCGAAACAUCAUUAGGCCAGUUCGCAAGUGUUGGAUGUAUAUCUUUUUUCAAGAUAUGCCCAUUAUUCAAAGGUGCUGGAUAUGCAAUUUUGGUAGUUAAUUUCAUCGUCUGCUCCUAUUUCAACAUGUUAAUGGCGUAUCCAGUUAUAUUUUUAGCGUAUUGUUUUAAGGAACAACUACCAUGGUCUAAUUGCGAUAAUCCAUGGAAUACGAACGAUUGUGCACAGUUCAGAAAAAAUACCACUUUCAUAGGAGGAGUUAACAAUACAAAUUCGUUUUUCGUCGGAAAGAAAACACCAGCCGAUGAAUUCUUUCAUCGAAGAAUUUUAGAAAUUUCCCCCAACCCCGACGAUAUUGGACAAAUAGUAUGGCCUUUGUUAUUUUCCGACGUAUUUUGCUGGAUUGUAACGUACCUUUGCAUCAUUAAAGGGGUGAAAUCGGUAGGAAAAGUGGUUUAUUUCACGGCCCCGUUUCCUUUUGUUAUUCUCAUUAUUUUGUUCAUACGAGGUGUAACCCUGCCGGGAGCUUGGGACGGUAUUAAAUUUUAUAUAGUCCCCGAAUGGAGUCGAUUAACUAGUGUUAAGGUUUGGUCUGACGCUGCAAUUCAAAUAUUUUACACGCUAGGUCCGGGUUGGGGUGGAUUAGUCAAUCUCGCCAGUUACAAUGAUUUUCGCAAUAAUGGAAGAUUAGACGCUUUUGUUAUUCCUGUGGUUAAUUGUGGCAGCAGUAUUUUCGCGGGUUUUGUGGUUUUUUCAGUUUUGGGAUUUCUGGCACACGAAACUGGAUUGCCUGUAUCAGCUGUAGUGGCUGGUGGUCCUGCAUUAUCCUUCAUAACGUACCCAGAAGCUAUUAGUUUGUUGCCAUUACCACACCUUUGGGCUAUUUUGUUCUUUCUCAUGUUAUUCUUCCUGGCCAUCGAUAGCUUGUUUGUUCAAAUUGAAGCAAUCGUAACAGGAUUAUCUGAUGAAUUUGAAAUAUUUAGGAAGAAGCAGCAUUUCCUCACCGCCUUUAUUGUGGUUGUUUUGAUAUUCGGAUCUACAUUAUACACUACAAAUGCUGGAAUAUAUUGGCUGCAAAUAUUCGAUUGGUAUGCAGCCGCAAUCACUGUAAUUCUUGUAUGCUUUUUAGAGGUGUUUAUAGUCUCAUGGAUAUAUGGAAUAGCGAAAUACAAACGGGAUAUAGAAUUUAUGCUGCAGGAAAAAAUAGAAACGUUUUGGAUUGUAGCUUGGAAAUAUGUUGCACCAGUUUUUUUGUUGUUCAUAUUUAUCAUGACGAUUGCGUUCAAUACUAGGGUAAAAUAUAACAAUAACAAUAAUUAUCCGGAUUGGAUGAUAACUAUUGGUUGGUGCUCUUGCGGUGCAUCUUUAAUGUGUAUACCAAUCUACAUAGUGGCCAAAUUAUUAUUUUUUGAAGAAGGAACCUUGAUGGAGAGAUUAAAAUCAAGUUUGAAAUCUGUUAAUUGGGAACCAGCUAAUCCUAUUAAUAAAGCAGAUUGGAAAGCAUUCAUAAGUGGACAAACGGAAGGAUUAAGAAGCCAACAAUUAUUGGAGUUGAAUGUCAAAGAAACAAUAUAA